AUGCAGCGUGUUGUAAGAAAACUAACCAAGCCAUUUUCACACAGACAGAUUCUAGGUUUUCGUUCUUAUUGCAAUGAAAAAGUUGUUAUUGAUGUUGGACAACCAACCUCCGCAUCUCAUCCACAGCUUCUAAACGAUGGGGAGAUCACGCCAGGGAUAUCUAGUGAGGAAUACAUUCUUAGAAGGAAAAAAAUGUUGGAACUUCUGCCGGAGAAGAGUUUGGCUAUCAUUGCUGCUGCCCCAGUAAAGAUGAUGACAGAUGUCGUGCCUUAUACGUUUCGGCAAGAUGCUGAUUACUUGUAUAUUACAGGCUGCCAACAACCUGGUGGUGUGGCUGUUUUAGGGCAUGAUAUUGGUUUAUGCAUGUUCAUGCCAGAACCCAAGCCUUAUGAUGUGAUUUGGCAAGGGCAAAUAGCAGGAGUUGAUGCAGCAUUGGAUACAUUCAAGGCUGACAAGGCGUAUUCAAUGAGAAAAUUGCGCGAGAUCCUUCCAGAUAUGAUAAGGGGAUCCUCAAAAUUGUAUCACAAUGUUCAGACUGCUACAGCAGCAUAUACGGAACUGGAGGCUUUCAAGAAGCUUGCUUACGGUAACAAUGUAAACGAUCUGUCUGCUUAUACUCAUCAGUUACGAUGGAUAAAAUCUCCUUCAGAGCUCAAGCUGAUGAAGGAAUCUGCAUCAAUUGCUUGCCAGGCACUUUUGUUGACAAUGCUGCAUUCAAAGACCUACCCUGAUGAAGGUAUUUUAGCUGCAAAGGUUGAAUAUGAAUGCAAAGUGAGAGGUGCCCAGCGUAUGGGUUUUAAUCCUGUGGUUGGUGGCGGGCCUAAUGGAAGUGUUAUACAUUACUCUAGGAAUGAUCAAAAGAUUAAAGAUGGAGAUCUUGUUUUGAUGGAUGUUGGAUGUGAGUUACAUGGCUAUGACAGUGAUCUCACACGUACCUGGCCACCUUGUGGUACCUUCUCUUCUGCACAGGAAGAGCUUUAUGAGCUUAUACUGGAAACAAACAAGCAUUGUGUGGAACUUUGUAAGCCUGGUGCUAGUAUUCGACAAAUACACAACCGUUCGGUUGAAAUGCUGCAGAAAGGUCUAAAGGAGUUUGGAAUUUUGAAAGGUUUUGGAAGCAGUUCCUACCAUACGCUGAACCCAACUUCUAUAGGUCACUAUCUCGGAAUGGACAUUCACGAUUGUUCAAUGAUCAACUUUGACCGUCCUCUGAAGCCAGGUGUUGUAAUAACUAUUGAACCGGGAGUGUACAUCCCAUCUUCUUUUGAUUGCCCAGAGAGGUACAGAGGCAUUGGGAUAAGGAUUGAGGAUGAGAUUCUCAUUACAGAAACAGGUUACGAGGUUUUAACAGCAUCAAUUCCUAAAGAAGUGAAGCAAAUUGAGUCCUUGCUGAACAACUUCAGUCAUAUCCAAAGUAACUUGAGAGCUACAUUCAACUAA